AUGGCAGACAGACUGUACCAAUACUCAACCGCGUCCGCGCUCAUGGCCGGCGUCGCAUCCACAGGAAUUCCACUAUCCGAUCUUCUGAAGCAUGGCACCCACGGCCUAGGAACCAUGUCCUCCAUCAACGGCGAAGUCGUCAUUCUCGAUUCUGCAGCCUACCAUCUACAACCCUCGGGUGCAGUACGCGUCGUCGAAGCUCACGAACAGCUCCCAUUCGCGAUGGUAACCUCUUUCAGCGACUGCACGACGCGCACUCAAUCUACAUUUUCGGCCCUGCCAAACAAACAAUCCAUCCUUCAAUGUUUACAGAGCUUAUUCCACGGCGUCAAUAAUCGAUUCGUAUUCUUCCUUAUUCCGCGUAUCCAUCUCGACACAAUUACCGCCCGCGUCGUCCGCGGACAACAGUACCCCCGCCAACCGCUCUCGGAACUAGGCGAGGCACAGAAAGUGAAUACCUACGAGUCUGUGGCAGGUAGUAUCGUCGGAUUCUGGUCGCCGGCGUACAUGGACGGAGUGUCGGUCAGUGGAUUACAUAUGCACUUCUUGUCGGAGGAUCGAUCGUAUGGCGGGCAUGUGCUGGAGAUGCUGUCGGGGAGUGAGCUUGAGUUGCAAGCGGCGCUGUUGAAUGAGUUUGAUCUGGAGCUUGCUGAUAAUGAGGAAUUUGGCGAUGCCGAGUUGGUGGUAGGGGGAGAGGCGCUGAAGAAGGUCGAGGGAUGA